GCGCUGUAUGGCUCCAUCAAGAAUGAGAAGCUGCAGUGGGCCAUAGAUGAGGAGGAGCUGAGAAAGUCCCUCUCAGAGCUGGCAGACCCCAACCCGAAGUCCAUCAAGCGCAUCAGCAGCUGCAGUAACCCCUUUCUGGACUUUUCACAAGACUCCAGCAUCGCCACCUACAAGCAUGGACUGUUAGUGCGCAAGAUCCACGCUGAUCCUGACUGCAAGAAAACGCCUCGAGGGAAGCGCGGCUGGAAGCCCUUCCACGCCAUCCUGAAGGGGAUGAUCCUCUACUUGCAGAAGGAGGAGUAUAAGCCAGGGAAGGCGCUGGCAGAAGAGGAGCUGAAGAAUGCUAUUAGCAUCCACCAUUCGCUUGCCACGCGGGCAUCUGACUACAGCAAGCGACCCAAUGUCUUCUACCUCAGGACAGCUGACUGGAGGGUCUUCCUCUUCCAAGCACAGAACCCCGAACAGAUGCACUCAUGGAUCACACGCAUCAAUGUGGUGGCAGCCAUGUUCUCUGCACCCCCCUUCCCUGCAGCCAUCGGCUCCCAGAAGAAGUUCAGCCGCCCGCUGCUGCCCAGCUCCUGCACCAGGCUGUCCCAGGAGGAGCAGGUGAAGAGCCAUGAGGCCAAGUUCAAGACAAUGUCAGCAGAGCUGCUGGAGCAUCGUUCCUCACUGCCCGAGAAGAAGGUGAAGGGCAAGGAGUAUGAGGAGCUGAAGCAGAAGGAAGAGUACCUGGAGUUUGAGAAAUCCCGCUACAGCACGUAUGCCAUGCUGCUGCGCGCCAAGCUGAAGGCCGGCUCCGAGGACCUGGCAGCGUUAGAGUCCACCCUCUUUGAUGCAGUGGGAGGAGAGGACGAUGGCUUGAAAAAAUCCCGCUCCAGCCCAUCACUCAACGCAGAGCCGUCCAGCACAGCCACCAAGGUGAAGCGCAACAUCUCGGAGCGUGCUGGCCGCCAGCCCUCUGGCCACCCCCAGAAGUCAUAAGCAAGGGGCAUCAGUCGCCCGCGCUGCAGCUCCGUUCCUGCCCACUGGUGCUGGGAUGGAGGCCAUGUGCCUGCCGAGACCCUGCAUGAGUCCGUCCAUCUGUGGCACGAGCUGGGGGGGUGACAGUCCUUCUCCAGCAGGGCCACGGCCCCUCUGCUGGAGACGGUGGCAGAGCAGGACAGGCCCCAGUCCUUGCCCGCAGGAGCUGCUUGCACCGUUGGCUCCAUCAGACUUCUUCUUGCCCCUCCUUGUCCUGCGUUUGGCUGCAGGACC